AUGGAUCUGCAAGAUUCAAGAGGAUUAUUUACCAUCUUUUUGGGGGUGCUUUUAUUUCUCUUUGUUGUUUCAUCCUUAUGGAGGAGGCGCAGAGUGGAAAAUAGGAAAGCACCACCAGAAGCUAGUGGCGCGUGGCCUUUGAUUGGCCACCUCCACCUUUUGGUUGGGUCACAACCACCUCACGUGACGUUGGGCAACAUGGCGGACAAACAUGGCCCCAUAUUCACCUUGCGUCUUGGUGUUCACAAAACACUGAUCGUGAGCAACUGGGAAAUGGCCAAACAGUGUUUUACCGUCAACGACAAAGCGUUUGCUAGUCGUCCCAAAACUUUAGCCACUGAACUGUUGGGCUACAACUUCUCCAUGUUUGGAUUCAGCCCCUACGGUUCUUAUUGGCGUCAGGUGCGUAAGAUUGUUACCACAGAGCUCCUUUCUAUUCACCGAGUAGACAUGCUCAAGCACCUGAUGGAAUCAGAAGUGAAGGCAGUAUUUAAAGAGAGUUACAAGAAUUAUUCCAAAAAAGGAGUGACUGAGAUGCAGAGAUGGUUUGGGGACAUAUCCUUUAACAUAAUAUUCAGAGCAAUGCUAGGAAAACGUUUUGCUAGUGAUGAUAAACAUGAAGAGAACGAACAAAUCCGAAGGGUAAUGAGGGACUUCGUUGAACUUGCGGGGACAUUCGCUGUCUCCGAUGCUCUUCCGUAUUUGAGAUGGUUGGAUUUGGAUGGAGUAGAGAAGAAAAUGAAGAAGACGGCGAAAGGGGUAGAUGGUUUUGUUCAAGUUUGGCUUGAUGAACACAAACGCAACAGGAGUCGUGAUUCAGGUGAACGGAAAGAUGAGGAUUUCAUGGACGUGCUUCUUACCCUUGUUGACGAGGGUGAAGACUUUGACGGCCGUGACAUUGAUAGCGCAAUCAAAGCUACAUGCAUGGUAUGUGUCAUUAUUUAUAUCUUUGUAUAA